AUGCUCUACGACUCGCGCAGCGGCGACCUGCUGUCCCUCAGCGGACAGGGCACCGCGCCGGGCAAGGCGAGUGUGGACUUCUACAAGUCUCGCGGCUUCGACGAAAUUCCCACCGGACCUGGUCCUGAUGCGCCGAUGUCCUUCACGGUGCCCGGCAUCAUCGCCGCGCUGACAUCUAUGCUUGAACGCUACGGCACCAAGACGCUGGGCGAGGUUCUUGCGCCGGCAAUCCAUCACGCCGAGUUUGGCUUCCCGAACUACGAAUACAUGCUGCAACGACUGGACAGCCCCGGCACGCGCGAGCAGUUCGACCUGUUCCCGCCCGGCGGCAGGAACAUCUUCUUCGACAACGGCAAUAUGGUAGCCGCCGAGAACGCAUCCACAGGCAACCGCGCAGACGGCAUUCGCGCCGGCAAUGACGCCUUCUAUAAGGGCGACAUAGCGAAAAGCAUCGUGGCGCACUCGCGGCAGGUCGGCGGCAUACUCAGCGAAGACGACCUUGCCAACUACGAAGCCGAAUACGGCGAGCCAAUCAAGUCAACCUUCAUGGGGCAUGAGAUAAGCAGCCAUUCGACAUGGACACAGGGCAUCAUGGCUCUGCAAAUCCUGAAUAUCCUUGAAUGCUUCGACUUGAAGGCCAUGGGGCACAACUCACCUGCUUAUACGCACACCAUGCUGGAAGCGACAAAGCUCGCAUUUGCCGACCGUGAGGUGUACUACGGCGACCCGAACUUCGCCACGGCUGGAGCCGGGCAAGCGCCCGCGCACUACGCUCAUCAACUACAUUGUUCCAAGGACGGUACGCCGGUAAUGACGGUUGGCUGCCCGGGCGGCGACCAUCAGGCGCAGGCAAAUGUGCAGCUGAUGCUAAACACCCUGGUGUUCGGCAUGAACGCGCAGGAAGCGGUGGAGGCGCCGCGCUUCGCAACGGAAAGCGUGCCCGACUCGUUCUACCCCCAUGUCUAUUACCCCAAUCGCGUGUCGCUUGAGCAGGGCUAUCCUGCCCAAAAUUGGGACACUCUGAGGGCGCUGGGACACGGUGAGUUUGUGCAGGCGGCAACCUGCGGCAUGGGCGCAACGAUUGCUCACCGCGACCCGCAGACGGGUGUUCUCAGCGCGGGCGGCGAUCCUAGGCGCGCAUGCUACGCGCUCGGCUGGUAG